UUACCGUGAUACAGCAAAACCAAACGGUCCAUAAAAUUCAUACCUUGUGGCCUUAUCCGAUUUACUUGGCAAGCUAAUCAUUAACGUCGUCGUCAUUAAAGUUUCGAUUUUUCCGCCAUUUCUGCUUCUUGUUCGCCAUUUUUGCUUCUAGUGGGCUCUCGGGAAAAGUUUCUGUUUUCUGGUAUUCCGACGACGACCCAGAUGGCGAAUGAUGCCAAUAACAUAGACCCAUUUCUGCAAUUCAUGAUUAGCCCUAGGAAGAAGUCUCCUCUGCAGCUGUGUCCGUUACCAGAAGAUGGCGAGGUCGCGAUUCCGAUGCCGAUGACUCCGUCGGAGUUCAAAGACCGCCUAAUCUUCGGUCCUUCCCCUCGCUCCCCGCGCGAUUCGUCUUCCCUUGCAGAUGUCCUCUCUCAGAUACCCUCGCCGUCGUCCUCCGCCGCCGCAUCCUUCUCCGAUUCCUCCGCCGUCGAGCCGCUCCUCUCGCCGUCUCCAUCACAACCGGAAUCGUGGCUGAUCGACCCGAAUUACAAAUGGGGGCAUGGUUACCCUCUCCAUCGGUCCAAAACCGCCCCGGCGAUGGCCGUGAUCUACGAUUUGAGUCACCCAGUUCACGAUUCCCAGAAAAAGUCCGAUUCACGAUCCGUUGUAAGACAAGCUUUUGCUCUGCUUCUGGUGUAUCUUACUUUAGGGGUGCUUAUAUAUUGGUUCAAUCGUGAUAACUACGUAGUUAACCAGACCCAUCCCGUUGUCGACGCCUUGUAUUUCUGCAUCGUGACGAUGUGCACCAUCGGCUAUGGCGACAUCACGCCCAACAGUACCACGACAAAGCUGUUUUCAAUCUUGUUUGUGCUUGUCGGGUUUGGGUUCAUAGAUAUUUGGCUAAGUGGGAUGGUUACAUACGUUCUUGACCUGCAAGAAAGCUAUAUGUUGAAGGCGGUGAAGCCAGGGGACGAGCGAGACAAGGCAAGAUCUUACAUAAUCGAUGUGAAGAAGGGGAGGAUGAGAAUUAGGUUGAAAGUGGGAUUGGCUUUAGGCGUUGUGGUGCUAUGUAUUGGAUUUGGUGUUGGGAUUAUGCAUUUCAUUGAGAAGCUCGGAUGGCUGGACUCUUUUUAUCUGUCAGUUAUGUCGGUUACGACAGUUGGGUAUGGGGAUCAUGCCUUCAAGACAUUGCCCGGCAGGCUUUUUGCAGCGAUAUGGCUGCUCGUUUCUACAUUAGCCGUGGCUCGAGCUUUUUUGUACUUGACUGAGGCGAGGGUGGACAAGAGGAACAGAAAACGAGCAAAGAAAGUGCUUUGUGAGAACAUGACAGUUGCUCAGUUCUUUGCUGCAGAUAUCGACAACAAUGGUUGCGUCAGCAAGGCAGAGUACGUGAUAUACAUGCUGAAGGAAAUGGGGAAGAUAAGCGAGAAGGACAUAACUCCGAUCUCAAGCCAGUUUGACAGGCUCGAUACCAACAACAAUGGCAAGAUCACUCUCUUGGAUCUCGUGGAGUGCAGCAGCCAAUGAUUCAUUCUUGUUUAUCUAUGAUUCCACAUCGCAACUGAGUCAUGAUAUGAUGAUAUGAUGAUGAUGAUGAUGAUGAUGAUAGUGGCGGUGGUGAUGAUGAUGAAAAGAGAGGUCUUCAGCUUCCUAUGAUGCGAUUUGUUUAGCAUGAUUUCACAUCAUAAUUCAUCCUCGUUCCCAUGAUUGUGAUCAUGAGGAGGGGGAGGCGGAGAAGAAGAAAUUUUGGUUUUCCCGGUUUCAUGAUCGGUUUGAAGUUGUACCAAAUCGGUCUAUACCCGGUUUUCUUAGGUAUAGUAGGUUUGGUGAUCCCAAUACAGAGAUUCAUUUUUA